AAUCGCUAUUAUAGUAUUAUAUUUUGAAUCCUUACAGUGCGAAGUUUUAUUUUUUGUUCGUUUAUUUUAGAUACAACAAUAGAACAUUUACCGCAACAUAUAUCUAUCAGACAUGUUAUUUACAUUAGAUCAAUAACAGCAUUGAUACACAAGAGAAUAUAAUAUUUUAAGUAAAAAAAAAAAAAUAAAAUAUGGGCUUAGAAAAUCAAGUGGCUUUGGUGACCGGUGCAGCAUCGGAUAUUGGUUACGCUUACGUAAAAUGUUUACUUCUAAACAAAGUUAAGGUGUUACUCUGUGAUGUUAAUGUCGAUAAAUGCCAAGCUAUAGCACUUCAGUUUCUAAAAGUGUUCCAAAAUAUCAAUGUAUUUUCGACCAAAUGUGAUGUCACUAAUGAAGAUGAAUUUGAAAAUGCUUUUAAAACAUGUAUCAAACAUUUUGGUCGAUUGGACAUUGUUAUUAAUAAUGCUGGAGUUUUCGACAAUUCAAUUGAACGACGAUGGUCUGCUACAGUCAAUAUCAAUUAUGGUGGAGUCGUCAGAGGUACACUACUGGCGAUCAAGUAUAUGGGAAUUCCCAAUGGGGGAAGUGGUGGAACAGUGAUACAGACGUCUUCCUUGUUGGUUUACAGUGACAGUUAUCAUUGUAGUCCCAUGUACCUGUCUACGAAAAAAUAUUUGAUGGAAUUUACGAGAAGUUUUGGAAAAAAAAAUCAUUUCAGUCUUCAUGGUGUUAAAAUUAUCACCUUGUGCCCGGAAUUUACUUCCAAUAAUAGUGUAAGAUCGGCCUAUAAAAAUGAAAUUCCGCACAAAAAAGAAGAACGUGUCGAGAAGCUAGAAAAUUUAAAAAAUGAUCAACAGAGUAACAAAAUUCAAGAGCCAGAUAAUGUUGGGAAUGCACUGAUCACAGUUUUAGAACAUGGAAAUACUGGAGAAACAUGGAUUGCCGAAGAUAACAAACCACCACGACUAGUUGAAUAAUAAGUAACAGAAAUAUUCAACAAUAAUGAUAUCUAUUGUAUUUAUUGUCUCAAUAACGAUAAAAAAAAAACCGUUGUAUGGUUUUUAUUUUUAGUCAUUACUUUUUAUUGUGUAUUAUUGAGGUAAAGGAAAUUCAACUAGGGUAGUAUAAAUUAUAAUUGUAUAUUUGUAUCAUAUAUUUUUUUUACUUUAAAG